CGGAGUGGGGUUGGGGGGUCGGUAGUGCUGGGGCGGGCGGCUUGUGGGGAUGGCGCUGCAGUUUGGAGGGCCGGGCUCGGUGGGGGGGACGGAGGAGCCGGCUUUAAUCGGGGGCAGUUUUGGCGCGUCGGAUUCGUUCCCCAAGGACUUCGGCUACGGAGAAGAGGAGGAGGCGGAACUGGACGGGGGCUCCGGCCCUGGAGGAAGCGGUGGCGUCCCGGGCGUGGCUGGGGGCGGCCCGGGCGGUGCGGAUUCCAAGCCCCGCAUUCUACUCAUGGGAUUGCGGCGUAGCGGGAAAUCGUCUAUCCAGAAGGUGGUGUUUCAUAAAAUGUCUCCCAAUGAGACCCUGUUUUUGGAGAGUACCAACAAGAUUUACAAAGAUGACAUAUCCAACAGUUCCUUCGUGAAUUUCCAGAUAUGGGACUUUCCUGGACAAAUGGACUUUUUUGACCCAACAUUUGAUUAUGAGAUGAUUUUCAGAGGCACAGGGGCACUGAUAUAUGUAAUUGAUGCACAGGAUGACUACAUGGAAGCUUUAACAAGACUCCACAUUACAGUUUCUAAAGCCUACAAAGUCAAUCCAGAAAUGAACUUUGAGGUUUUUAUUCAUAAAGUUGAUGGUCUGUCAGAUGACCAUAAAAUAGAAACUCAAAGGGAUAUUCAUCAGAGAGCCAAUGAUGAUCUUGCAGAUGCUGGGCUUGAAAAACUUCAUCUUAGCUUUUAUUUGACCAGUAUCUAUGACCAUUCAAUAUUUGAAGCCUUCAGUAAGGUUGUACAAAAACUCAUUCCACAACUGCCAACCUUGGAAAACCUACUAAAUAUCUUUAUAUCAAAUUCAGGCAUUGAAAAAGCCUUUCUCUUUGAUGUAGUCAGCAAAAUCUACAUUGCGACAGACAGUUCCCCUGUGGACAUGCAGUCAUAUGAGCUGUGCUGUGACAUGAUCGAUGUAGUGAUUGAUGUGUCUUGUAUAUAUGGUUUAAAGGAAGAUGGCAGUGGAAGUGCUUAUGAUAAAGAGUCUAUGGCGAUUAUCAAACUCAAUAAUACAACUGUCCUAUAUUUAAAGGAAGUGACAAAGUUUCUGGCACUUGUUUGCAUUCUUAGAGAAGAAAGCUUUGAGCGCAAAGGUUUGAUAGACUACAACUUCCAUUGUUUUCGCAAAGCUAUUCAUGAAGUCUUUGAAGUAGGUGUUGUCUCCCAUAGAACUUGCAAUCAAGCAACCACCCCAAACGUGAAAGCAGUGACUCACAAUGGCACACCUAGAAAUGCAGUCUAGAUGAAGAUUAAAAACUGGUUGGACCAACUUUUACCAGCUCUUCACUCCAAAGUUUAACUUUGUAGAACAGGAUAAGAAUACUGUCUUAGUCUGGGGGUGUGUGUGUGUGUGUGUGUGUGAGUGUGUGUGUGUGUCUUCCACAAGAGAAGAGCAACACUAACUUUGGAAGAGCAGCCUGUUAACUGAUGUUGGACUACUGAAACUACUGUAAAACAUUUUGAAGUUCAGUGGAGUUAGAAUUGUCAACUGAAAACCAGCUGACCAUGGUGGCUUUUCCUGUUCAAAGUCCUAUUUUAAGAGCCUGGAUAUAAUAUAAAUGGGAGAAAUGUCCCCUUUGGUGGAGCUUACAAAUGCUUGAGUGUAAUGUGGAAUACUGCAGUGAGUUGCUCAUCUUCAUUUUUAGUUUUCUGUAAAAUAUCCAGUUUUCUUUAAGUUGAACCUUUUGCCUUUCAAAGAAGUUGGUGGUGUGGACAUUAUGUAGAAACAUCUUAAAUUCAUGCUUUUUGCUUUUGUAAAGAUCUGUGGCCUAUAACUUCAGUAAAACCUAAACAUUCCAUAAAAUUCCUUUGAUAUACUUGCAUUGCUCUUCAGAAGAUCCCAGAAAAUUCCUUAUCUUGGUAAAUGGAGGUAAGGCCAAGGUUUGUCUGCUCUCAUGUGUUCCGGUCCAGUUAAAAGACUGAGCUGUAGCUUUGUUCUAGACAAGUUACCUUCCUAGCUUUCAGAUAGCAUCAUUUUUUCACCAUUUCUCACCAUAUUUGAAAAGAAAAGCAAGAACUGUCACUGUACUUUUAUCCAAAGAGACUUAAACUAAAACAUUCUCAACCUUGAAUUGAUUACUCAGUCCCAGUGAUGAGAGCAAUUAAAUAAAUAACUGUAAAUUUAUAAAUGUCUAGCAUAAUAUCUAACACUUAGGGUAACAUUUUUAUACUUGUCAAAGCUACUUUCCAGGGGGGCGAGACCUAAAUCCUUUACCUUUUGAUGUCAGGAGUCUGUAGAUUUUCUACAGUUCAUCCCAUUUCUAAAUUAGAGGAUGGGCCGAUAAGCACAAUCUAUGUAGGAAUGGAAAAUCAAUUUCCAAUGACAUUGACACAAAUGACCACGAGAGUGCCAGUUUGAGCAUUUCCUGUAUUGACACCCCCUCCAGAAUAAACAGCUUAUGAUACUGUUUUUGCCUCAGACCUACUUAAAUACUGAGUGUCUCCUUGAUCUUUACAACAGUUUCCAUAGUAUGAAAACCAGCAUAUGUGAAUUGUUAAUCUAAUUUAUUGAUAACUUCAGACUUCCAUAGUGUGUAACUUUAUCUGUCAUGUAAUGAGUGGUAAGCCCUCUCCCUGUUCCCUUCAAUUCUUUCCCCUAAUGCUUGUGUACUCAACUGGUCCAGUGACUUUUGAACAUACAACUGCCCACUGUAAAAUGUGUAUAUAUGAAGUUCUAUAUACUUGAAUGAUUUCUGCAAAUUAUCAAGAGGAGAGAACCCCUUUUCCCUGAACUGUUACAGGGAUGUGUAUAAGUAAAUGCAUUUACUCCA